AUGCCACUGUAUGAGAAAUUGGGUGGGGUGAAAGGAGUUGCGGAGAAGCUCGGGACGGACCUCAGCAAUGGUGUUCAAUCCGAGAGUGUUGCACAACGCUGUGCGAUGUUUGGGAGGAACGAGCUGCCAGAAGAGGAACCACUGACGUUCUGGCAGAUCUACGCAGCGGCAUGGAGCGACCGUAUGAUCCUUCUUUUGACGGCCGCCGCUUUCGUGUCGUUGGUGCUCGGAUUGACUGUGCCGGAGCCUGGAGAGGAUAAAGUGAACCGCGAGACCGGGUGGAUUGAGGGCUUUGCAAUCAUUGUGUCGGUAUUCGCCGUGACGACAGUGUCCUCUGUGAAUGACUACCGCAAGGACCAGAAGUUCCGCCGACUGACGGAGGAAAACUCUGCCCAACCGAUUGUUGUGACCCGCGAUGGGAGGGAACAGACGAUCGACGUUACGGAGAUCGUUGUGGGUGACCUGGUAAGCCUGGUGCCUGGGCUUGUUGUGCCUGUGGAUGGCUUCUACGUGCGUGGCAUCAGUGUUGUCAUUGACGAGAGCAGUGUGACCGGUGAGAACGACCCGAAGAAGAAGGGCGCGGAGGCGCCGAUCCUCCUCACUGGCACAGUGGUGAACACGGCGGAGGACNCGUACAUGCUGGCGUGUGCCGUGGGCGAGUCCUCGUUCGGCGGGAAGCUGCUGAUGGAGUCGAGGCAGGAAGGGGGGCCGCGACUGACGCCGCUGCAGGAGCGACUGGACGAGUUGGCAGGAUUGAUUGGCCGUUUCGGAAUUGCAAGCGCUGUUGCUCUAUUCGUGGUGCUUUCAGUGAUAGAGGGAAUUCGCAUCGCACGUGGGCAGUCAGCACAUGGGAAAACGUUCCUGGAUUUUUUCCUGCUAUGUGUGACGAUUGUGGUGGUAGCUGUGCCGGAGGGCCUUCCGCUUGCGGUGACCAUUGCGCUUGCGUACUCACAGAACAAGAUGCAUGACGACAACAACCAAGUGCGGCGUCUGUGCGCGUGUGAGACGAUGGGGAGCGCAACACAGAUCUGCAGUGACAAGACCGGUACGCUGACGCAGAACCUGAUGAGUGUUGUGCAGGGCUAUGUUGCGAUGCAGCGUUUCAACGUGCGUGAUCCCGGCGACCUGCCAACAAAGGUCACGCUGGGUAACGUGCCGGUCUGUGCGCGGGAGCUGCUGACGGAGGGCCUUUCGCUGAACAGCUCGAGCGAGAAGGUGGUGCGCAACAAGGACAAGGACGGCAACCCGAUGGCCCAGCCCUUCUGGCAGUGGCGGUCCGACAAGGGGAACAAGACGGACAAUGCGCUGCUGGACUUCGUGGACCGUGUGCUGAUGCAGGAGACAGACACCACUGACAUGACGAGCCGUCCACACCAGCGCGUGCGUGAGCGGUGCCGCGUGCAUGGCUUCACCAUCUUUCCGUUCACAAGCGAGCGCAAGUUCAUGAGCGCUGUUGCGACCGGGCCCGACGGGGAGCUGACGCACUACGUGAAGGGUGGGUCGGACCGCGUGCUGGACAUGUGCGACCGCUACAUGACUGCCACUGGGCACGAGGAGCCGCUAACGGAUGCGGCGCGGCUGAAGAUCGUGACGCAGAUCCGCUCACUGGCGAGCGACGCGAACCGCACGAUCGGCGUCGCGUACGCGCGUGUUGGCGGCGGCGCGAUCCCGGAGGCGGAGCCGACGGUGCCGCUUGUGUGGCUGGCGCUUGUGGGCAUCCAGGACCCGCUGCGUGCGGAGGUGCCGGAGGCAGUGCGGAAGUGCCAGCAGGCUGGCGUGACUGUGCGGAUGUGCACCGGCGACAACCUUGACACGGCGAUUGCCAUCGCGCGGCAGUGCGGCAUAUACAACCGGCUGCGCGGCGACGUUGCGAUGACGGGGAAGGACUUUCGAAACCUUGUGUACGACUCGUACGGAAAUGAGGCGAACAUGGAAAAGUUCUGGCCGAUCCUUGACCGCAUGGUGGUGAUGGCGCGCUCGCAGCCGCUGGACAAGCAGCUGUUGGUGCUGAUGCUGAUGUCGCGCGGCGAGGUUGUUGCGGUGACGGGCGAUGGGACGAAUGAUGCGCCCGCGCUGCGGCUGGCGAACGUUGGCUUCGUGAUGCGCAGCGGAACCGACAUUGCCGUGAAGUCCGCAGACAUUGUGCUGCUUGAUGACAACUUCCGCUCUGUGCAGCGUGCCGUGGUGUGGGGACGGACCGUGAACGACAAUAUCCGCAAGUUCCUGCAGUUGCAGUUGACUGUGAAUAUUGUUUCUGUUGUAUUGACUGUGAUCGGCUCAAUUGUAGCACUUGGUAAGAGCUCCCCACUGAGCACUGUGCAACUGCUGUGGGUGAAUUUGAUCAUGGACACACUGGCGGCCCUUGCCCUGGCCACAGAGGAGCCAUCAGAGGAUUGCCUGAACCGUGGCCCCGUCUCCCGCAAGGCCCCACUAGUGUCGCACCGCAUGUUGUGCACAAUGGUCGCUGUAGCUUCUUUUCAGGUUGCCAGCGCCCUGCUAGUGGAGCGUUUUGGCAAUCUUUGGCUCGAGGUAACAGGGCCCGAGUUGCGGACGAUAACGUUUAAUGUGUUCCUACUGUCAACCAUGUUUCAUUUAUUUAAUGCUCGUAAGCUACACGAGGAGUUAAAUAUGUUUGAAGGCCUGUGGCUAAGAUCAAAGGUGUUUAUUGCCGUUUUGUGUUUCUGUGCCGCCUUCCAGGUGUUCGCUGUGGAGACGCUUGGCGAGUUUAUGAAUGUGGUGCCGCUUCGCUUAGACCAAUGGCUUUUCUGUGUGGUAGUAUCAUCCUUAGCACUGGUGUUUGGUGCAGUUUCGCGGCUUGUGUCAGUGGAGGAACCGACGUUCUCGAAGGAGUUUUCGGUAGGAGAUAUGGAACCGGAUGCGCAGCGCAUGGCGAUGAGGCUGGCGUCAGACAUAUCGCGGCGCAUGUCGGCUGAGGAUGACGGCAAACACCUCAAGUUAGGGCGGCGCGUGCUGGCUAAGGCCAUGUGGCAACAAGUACGGGAACACCAUGUGGCAGUGAAGAGUGUGAAUGCGUUCCGCCGGGCCCGACUUGAUCGGGAUAUGCAUACGGGCGUAGCAAAAGAUAUGUAUAACCGGCUCGUCACUUCGAUGUACUGA